UCUGAGCGUCCGGGCUUCCAGCCAGCAGGAGAUGCAAAGCUGCCAAUGAGCGGAUUCUAUGUUAAGUACCGGCCAUGGCUGCCCAUCGCAUUAUCAGAGUGACGAACAACAACCACGUCCUCCCUCGGUGCAAGUCUGAGGGAACGCUCAUCGACCUCAGCGAAGGGGUCACCGGGGCCAGUCUUAACGAUGUUAAAGUGCCUUCUCCCAGUGCCUUAAGGCUUGACACUUCAGCCUCAUAUGGAGCUGCGCAGGAAGUGGUCGCCAUAAAGGAUUAUUGCCCCAGCAGUUUCACCACUCUGAAGUUCUCCAAAGGUGAUCGGCUCUAUGUGUUGGACACGUCAGGGGGAGAGUGGUGGUACGCCCACAACAACACAGAAAUGGGCUACAUCCCGGCCGCCUACGUCCAGCCGAUCAACUUCAGGAACUCUUCGCUCAGCGACAGUGGGAUGAUUGACAGUCUUGGGGAAGGAUACGAGGAUGGGUCGAAGGAGUUUGGAGGUUUGGGGGAGUGGACAGGGGUGUCCCUUAAGCCCUCCCCAAUUUACAACAACAGUCCCUUCUCUGUGGACCCCUUCAUCCGUCCGUUAGAUCAAAAUUGCAAAGAUUUAGAUGUAAGGAACUCAACAGACCUUAUUUUGUUUGAUGCACUGGCAUCGCCAUCAUCUUGCUCAAACUUUAACACUGGUUUAACCAUGACAAAUGGGUUCAGCAGCUGCCACAUUAACAAUACCACGCCAACCAGCCCAAAUCAAGAGGUUGUACCUAACCUCCACAGGGAUAACCCGUUUUUUAGGGGUAAACGUUCCCACAGUCUCUCAGAACUGUCAGUCCUGCAGGCGCAGUUGAAUCCAACCUUACCUUCUUCGGGAUUCUUCACAGGCCUUAAGGCUCCUUCACCGGAGCAGUUUCAGAGCAGGGAGGACUUCAGGACUGCUUGGUUGAACCACAGAAAGCUAGCAAGGUCUUGCCAUGACCUUGACUCCCUGGGCCAGAGUCCUGGGUGGGGCCAGACACAGCCCGUGGAGACCAACAUCGUGUGCAUGUUGGACAGUAAUGGAGGAGUGGUUCAGCUCCCGGACACCCAAAUCAGCAUACACAUCCCUGAAGGCCACGUCAGCAAUGGAGAACACCAGCAGAUCUCCAUGAAAGCCUUACUGGACCCUCCUCUGGAGCUCAACGGUGACCACUGCUCCACCGUCAGCCCCGUGGUGGAGAUCAAGCUGAGCAAUAUGGAGACCAAGUCCUUUAUCACGUUAGAGAUGAAGGUAUUGGUAACGGUCAAGAAAGAGAGUUGUCACACUGCAGAUAUCCUUUGCGUUCGAAGUGACUGCAAAGAAGGGCCUUAUACACCCAUCCCUAAUGCUUACAUUUACAAGGAGACAGUCCAGGUGCAGCUGGAUACCCUAGAGCCGUGUAUGUAUGUGGCUGUUGUGGUUCAGUCGCAGUACAUCAGCCACAACACCACUGUUUGGGACCAUGUGCAGAGGAAAGUAACUCUGGGAGUUUAUGGACCCAAGCACAUUCACCCUUCCUUCAAGACAGUCGUGGCCAUGUUUGGGCAUGACUGCGCCCCCAAUACCUUAUUGAUAACUGAGGUGGGCCGACAGGCGAGCUCCAGCCCGCCAGUGGCCCUCCAGCUGUGGGGGAAGCACCAGUUCGUGCUGGGGUACCCUCAGGACCUCCAAGUGGGAUUGUACUCCAACAUGUCCAACUACGAGGUGAAGGCGUAUGAGGGUGCAGGGGUGAUUCGGGGAUUUCAGGUUAAACUGGGGAAAGUCAGCCGGCUCCUCUACAUGAUCUCGUCACACAACCCCAACAGCAUCUCAGAUUUCACCCUCAGGGUCCAAGUCAAGGACGCCCUUGACUGUAUCCUCACUCAGUUCUGCGUCCAAACACCGCCGCCGCCACCGAAGACCGAAGCGAGGAUAACGGGCCAGAGGAGGUUUCUGAAAAAGAAAGAGGUGGAUAAGAUUGUCCUCUCACCGCUGGCUGCCACUUCCAAAUACCCAAAGUUUCAGGACCGGUGCAUUACCAGCCUUAAAUUCGGCAAGUUAAUCAAAACAGUGAUUAGGCAGCACAAGAGCACUUAUCUGUUGGAGUACAAAAAGGGGGAUGUUAUUGCUUUGCUCAGCGAGGAGAAAAUCAAACUGCGAGGGCAGCUGCGCACCAAAGAGUGGUACAUUGGAUACUAUCAGGGGAAGAUAGGCCUCGUCCAUGCCAAGAACGUUUUAGUUCUGGGUAAGGUCAAGCCCAUUUAUUGGAUAGGGCCGGACCUUACGACCACCAUGCUGCUGGAGCAGAUCCUGAAGCCUUGCAAAUUUCUUACGUACAUCUACGCAUCAGUGAGGACGGUUUUGAUGGAGAAUGUGAGCAACUGGAGGGCGUUUGCGGAUGCCCUGGGCUACGAGAAUUUGCCACUGAAUUAUUUUUGCAGAACAGAGCUGGACAACGAGCCGGAGAAGGUGGCGUCGGUUCUGGAGAAACUCAAAGAGGAGUGUACGAACAUGGAGAACAAAGAGAGGAAGUCCUUCCAGAGGGAACUCAUGAUGGCGCUGCUGAAGAUGGACUGCCAGGGUUUGGUUGCCCGACUCGUCCUGGACUUCGUCCUGCUCACCACGGCGGUGGAAGUGGCCUUCCGGUGGAGGGAACUGGCCGAGAAACUUGCGCGAGUGUCCAGACAGCAAAUGGAGGCGUACGAAGCUCCGCACCGCGACAAGAACGGUCUACUGGACAACGAGUCCAUGUGGAAGCCCGCCUACGACUUCCUCCUGACGUGGGCCGCUCACGUGGGGGACAGCUACCGAGACGUGAUCCAGGAGCUGCACCUGGGCCUGGACAAGAUGAGGAACCCCAUCACCAAGAGGUGGAAGCACCUGACCGGCACGCUAAUCCUCGUCAACUGCCUCGAUACGCUCCGCAGUGCCGCCUUCUGUCCCACCGGGUACGGAGACUUCGCUGUGUGAACGUCCACCUGGAGAACUUUUUAAAAAGUCUCUGAGGGUUGGACCUUGAGGACAUAUCGAACCUUUGUCCGUCUUCAGAUCCGUUACGUCCUGGUCUCUUCUGUCUUUGUCUCUUUAGAGACGUAGCUUUAAGGAUGUCUCUCGUUGUUUCUCUCUAUACUUUGCUUUUCUUUCACAUUUCUUUUGCUAUUCUCUUUUAAUUUUGCUCCGAUAAAGUUUUGUAUGAUUUCCGUGUCCACACCUCCCUCAGGACAACAUCAGAGACCUCAACCGCUGCAGUACAUAACCACACAAGCUGUGACCUUUGACCUUUCGGCCAUCUUUAAAAGCUGAUUUGACCCCCGUACUGAACUGAACAGAAUUCUUUCACUGUGAAAUAAGUUUUUACAAUUACAAAUGAAUCAAAAAUAGUUUCAUACAUUUAAACAUUAUUGGUCAGUAAUUAGCCAAACACUGUUAGCCCCAUGCUAACUCCCCCUGUGACUCCACGCAGUACAUCUAAUGCAAGAUAUACGUGUACGACGUAUCAACAGUGUUAUUCUUGUGUGUUCUUCUUGGUGUGUAAUUCUGUGUCACCACAGCUGCUGUAACAAGACCUUUUUCCUUUUUCGAGCAUGAAUUCCUGCAUUUAUCGUAAGUGCAUCGAAUAUUUUCCAGAUUCAAAACUCGUGCACACAAAGUGUUGUCUGAUUGGAAGUGUGACCUCAGAUGUAUUUCAGAAUAAAACUUGUGUUAGAAGAUUGUUACGUCACAUUCUUCAUGCAAGCUUUGCAUUUCUUUGACGUCCUGACAGAAACAUUAUGUUAAUAUGUCGUGUUUGAAUUAAAACACACGAGCUGUUACAGUCAGAUUAAACAGAACACCACAGUUUACUGCUAAAAUAAAUGAAACGUGUGACUUUAAACUGUGAAAGUAUCAGAAAAUAUCUGUUGAAUUUAUAUUUACAGAAGCUUUUUGUCUCCGAUUUGUGUUUUCAACUCAGUCUUUGAUUUUGUGACUCCAGCAAGUCAAAUGAAUCUUUGAUGCUUUUGUUAUUCAUGUUUUCAUUCCUCAUUCAGUGUUUGUUCUCGUUUUGUUUCUGUGUUUGUGGCUGCAGUGUUCCUGAACAUGAACGUGAUCUCAACAGAACAUGUGCGAGAAGUUUAUAUAUUUGUACUGAAUGCCGUCAGAUCUGCUUCUGUUCAGAAGGUUUCAAUAAAACGGAACAUUUAAAACGUG